AUGGUCACAGAGUUCUUCCUCUUAGGAUUCCCAGGCAACCAAAUUUUAAGAAACAUUAUAUUCCUUCUAUUUCUUUUGGUGUUUGGAGCAACAAUAUAUGGAAAUCUCCUGAUCAUCGUCCUGGUGUCCACCAGUAAAAACCUCCACACUCCAAUGUAUUUCUUCAUAUCACAACUGUCCAUCAGUGAUAUCUUAUUAACCACAAAUAUUGUCCCCAACCUGCUUCACAUUCUACUGAAUAAUGGAGAAACAAUUAUUUUUAUAGGUUGUAUCACUCAGCUUUAUUUUUUCAGUGUCUCAGAAGUAUUUGAAUGUCUCCUCCUAACAGUGAUGUCUUAUGACAGAUAUGUGGCCAUCUGUAAUCCCCUCCGUUACUCUUCUAUUAUAACAAGUGAAUUUUGUGUGAAAUCAGUUGUUUUAAGUUGGGUUUUCUGUUUUUUUGUUUCAAUCAUUCUCACCAUAACACCAUCAAAGCUGAGCUUCUGUGCAUCAAAUAUCAUUGACCAUUUCUUCUGUGAUAUUGUUCCCUUAGUGGAAAUUUCUUGUUCUGAUGCCUUCAUUGUCCAUUUAGAGAUAUAUUUAUUAAGCAUUGCUUUAGUUAUUGCUCCUAGCACGAUAAUUAUAAAAUGUUAUGUGUGUAUUAUUGUUAAUAUCUUAAGGAUCCCAUCCAGUACUGGUAGACAGAAAGCCUUCUCCACCUGUAGCUCCCACCUCAUUGUGGUCUCCAUAUUUUAUUGGACAUUGUUCAGUGUUUAUGUUUUCCCAACAAACGGACAAUCAUCAACCAUCAGUAAAAUCCUAUCCCUGCUAUAUACUGUAUUUACUCCUUUGGUCAAUCCUGUUAUAUACAGUUUAAGAAAUAAAGAUAUUAGGAAAGCCAUACAGGGAACAUUUUAUCUACAUAGAAAAAAACAGUAA